AUUAAUACAGUAGACGGUCCUACAGCAAGGACCCAGCGGUGUCACAGACAGGGGGCGUGGCUGUGCAUCACAUGACUCAUCAUUCCCACAUGAUAAACCACAAGCAGGAUUCCUAUAACCCCCCCAGCCAGCUGUCCCCUAUUCGUAAAGCGCCACGAAAAACCCCACAAUGAUUUGCCUUUUACUAUAAAGGGUUUCCUUCUGCUAUUGGUGGAUGUAGUUUUAUUUUGAAAGGUGACAACGGAAGUGGUUGUACAUUGUGUAAUUUUGACACUAGCGCAGGAUGUUCUCUGCUCCUGAAGCUGGAAGGCACAAAUGAGCUUUGUUGGUCGUUUUGUUUUGAAUUGAACAGCACAUCUGUCAGUUAGUUGUUGAGGGAGAACAAGUGAGAGGAGGUUUAUUUGGGGGGGGGGGAAGGGACGUGACGUUGGAUUUACAAAAUGGUUGGCCAGAUUUGACGGAGGGAUUAAUUAAACAAAAUUGACGAUCAGGUACGCCUUCCAGCCCAAAACAUGCAGGAAAUAAAGAGAAUAUGAAAGUGACGCUGCAGAUGUGCUAAUCAUUGUGAAGAUGAGCGUCCACAUCUGGAUUUCUGGUGGCUCUAUGAGGGAGAAUAUGGUGCUGCGCACCUCCAAGGAAGCUCGAGACUGAAUUAGCUUGAUUUAUUUAUUUAUUUUUCCUAAAUUUAUUUCAUUUUUGUGUGUGUGAGGAUGCUAUUUGCCCUACACGUGACUGUCAUGUCUUCAGCCUUUUUCAAUCCCAGCUUUGCCUUCAGCUCCCACUUUGACACAGAUGGAGCGCCACUGAGCGAGCUGUCGUGGCCUUCAUCCCUCGCUGUGGUGGUCGUCUCCUUCUCCGGCCUUUUCACCUUUGUCUUCCUCAUGCUUGCCUGCCUGUGCUGCAAGAAGGGCGACAUGCGCUUCAAGGAGUUUGAAAAUGCAGAGGGAGAGGAGUACCAGGCGGACCUCUCGCCUUCACGCCACAAUGGGCCCGAGGUUUACAUCCUGCCCCUCACCGAGGUCUCCCUGCCCGUCUCCAAGCAGCCCGGCAGAUCCAUCCAGCUUCUAAAGUCAUCCGACCUCGGCCGCCAUAGUUUACUUUAUCUGAAGGAGAUUGGCCAUGGCUGGUUUGGCAAGGUGUUGCUGGGUGAGGUCAGCGUGGGCCUCAGCACCACCCAGGUGGUGGUGAAGGAGCUGAAGGCCAGCGCCAGUGUGCAAGACCAGAUGCAGUUCGUGGAGGAGGUCCAGCCUUUUCGGACAUUACAGCACCCCUCUCUCUUGCAGUGCUUGGCCCAAUGCUCAGAGGUCACGCCCUAUCUGCUGGUCAUGGAGUUCUGUCCACUGGGUGACCUGAAAAGCUAUCUCCGCGGUUGCCGAGUGACUGACUCCGAGCCUCCCGACCCACUCAUCCUCCAGCGAAUGGCGUGUGACAUCGCCUCGGGGCUUUUACACCUCCAUAAGAACAACUUCAUACACAGUGACCUGGCCUUGCGAAACUGCCUGCUAACAUCAGAAAUGUCAGUUAAAAUCGGAGACUACGGGCUUUCUCACAGUCUAUAUAAGGAGGACUAUUAUUUCACACAAGACCAGAUUUGGGUGCCCUUACGCUGGAUUGCCCCUGAGCUCAUAGAUGAAGUCCAUGGAAACCUGCUGGUUGUUGACCAAACGAAAUCAAGCAACAUAUGGUCGUUGGGGGUAACCAUUUGGGAGCUGUUUGAGUACGGAGAGCAGCCAUACAGACAGUACUCUGACAGACAGGUGCUGACAUACGCGGUCAAAGAACAGCAGCUCAAACUGGCCAAACCGCAGCUCCAAUUUCCCAUCGCCGAGCGCUGGUAUGAGGUAAUGCAGUUCUGCUGGCUGCAGCCCGAACUGAGACCAAGCAGCGAGGAAGUUCACCUCCUGCUAACGUACCUCUGCGCUAAAGGCUCCAGUGAGGCUGAAGAGGAUUUCGAAGAACGCUGGAAUGCAUUGAGACCCAACUUGCUCGGAAGCCCCUCACACACAGCCGCACCCCUCGACCUCACCCCGAUACUCACUGUGGCUGAGGCCCACAUCUCGACCCAAACUAAGACAGUAGAGCUGGCCUCGUCUGCCACAUCCUCCUUCCCCCUGCUGGAGCACUUCUCCGACAGCUUCCACUCUGACACGGGGGACGACUUGCUGACUGUCACAGAGACCAGCCACGGUCUCAACUUUGAGUACAAGUGGGAGCAAGGCCGAUCUGAGCAGCCCUACUGCUCGUCGUCCACCAGCGGACCACUGUGCCAGGGGAACCCAAACUACCAGGAUAUAUACUAUUCAAGUGAUGCCAGUACAUCAGGUGGCUGCAGAGGUGAGGCAUCAGCCUUAUCACCACCUUACUAUCAACUGGAGCAUCCAUGUGUGGUCCCUGUGUUGAGCGCCCUCAGCCCCUCUGUCAGCAGUGACUAUUACAUCCGUCUAGAAGAAACAUCGGAGUGUAAUAUUAACUUGGACAACUGUAGUCCUGCACUGGAGGUUAGCAACACUAGGUUGACCCCUGAGAGUCAGACCCCCACAGCACAACUUAAUGCUUAUUGGUCAGCUGCUGACAUCACCAAAGCAACAGCCUAUGACCCAUAUUCAAGCCCCACUAUGCAGCUAAGACAGGCAUCCAGCAGCAUCAGCAGUCCUGUAACUUUAAACCAAUCCCAUGCAUGCACCUCCUCCUUACUGGUUGACGCUAACUCCAUAGGCCACCUACACAAUCUGUCCGAAUCUAAUGUUGGUCAUCCGGUGGAAUGUUCAGAAGGUCAAUCUAGUCUGACACAAGCAGUGAGCAGCCCCAGUUUAGGUUUGUGUGACCCCUACCUUGAAGCCAGAAACAACUUCAUUAGUACGAUGGGCUCCUUACAAAAGACACUGACCAACGUAAACCAUGUUAACAUAGAUGUAGAAACAGGUGAUGGCCUGCUGGUAGGCUGUCACAGGAGCAGUGACAUCGACGAUGGUGCUUUCUUUGAGGAAGAAGCCACAAACUGGACCUCGAACCAUUCUGCCAACAAUAACAUUCUGAAUUUUGGCAACAGGGACACAAGCAGAAUGGAGAAUUACUUGGAUCUUCAAUAUAACACGACAGAAUUGUGGUCUUUAACCAAGGACACCACCAAGACCUUCCGCAGUUGCAGAACUUCUAAACUGGAGGCAGAAGAAGGGGAAUCUGUUUGUACUCCUGCCAGCAAACCCAAAGAAUUAGGCUCAUACAUUCACCUGUGUCACCAAGAUAGGGGGGGCACGCCAGAGCAAAAUAACUUCACUAGUUUCCGAAAUAAUGAUUGCCUUGCCAACUCAAGUGCCAGAGGGAACAAUGGAAAGCAAUUGUUACUGAAUGGAGAGAGCCUCUAUUCCGAGCCCAAGAUGAUACCUGAAUCAAGCUAUAUACAGUCUCCUUCGUCCUUCAAUGAGUCUCAGGCUGGCUGGAUUGAAGCACUACCAGAGAAGACGAUGGGUAGCAUUUGGGAGGGCGCUCCAACAGGUGUCCCCACUCUGAGAGACAUCAGACUAACUUAUGCUCCCUUGGAAAUUAACAGUCGAGAGCUGGGGAGUGGAAUUGGGACCAGCAACUCCAGUAGUACCCUGGUAGAGCUUAGAGACUACAGCGAGGAUGAUGACUUCACAGAUAUUACAUCAGGCAUCUUCGCUGAUUUCAACCUUGACUAUGCAGAGGUACAGGAAGACGAGUUGAGUCCACUGAAGAACUCAGAGAGAACUACCGUCUCUAUUGACACCAUCAACCUCUAUUCAUCUGUCGCAAGCACCUGUGAUCAAGCCUUCAGUCCUGACUCUUUCAGUACACCUGUCCAGCCCAAAUCUCUGGAUAGCGGCUACGACACAGAAAACAAUGGAUCGCCGGAGUUUAUUUUCAGAGAGCUUGCUGAUCCCCAAAGAGGUGAACUUGUUCUGCAAGUGCGUCAAGGUCUCACCAGUGGUUCAGAGGUCCAGUUAAAGCAAAUGACUGAUAAACAGUAUUACAGAGACUCAGCCUAUUUCUCUGACUAUGAAAAUGACAAAAGCCCUCGAGAGGAUGAUGGUAAAUUCUUUGCAGGUCCAACUAAACAGGCAGAGAAACUGAGCUCUUCCAAAGGUGUUGAUGCUAUCAGAAGUUGUGUUUUGGCAAGACCCUCUGAAUCUCUUUCCACACCUGGGCUGUCCAUGUUGUCGCCGUUUCCUGCACAGAUGGGCGGUUGCCUGACCAAAGAGGCAGCCCCCGAGGACGAUGUUCUGGAGUUGGAGACAGAGCACCAAGAGGAGCCUUGCUCAGAGCUCAGCACCUCCGUUGGGCCUGAACCGUGCUCCAAUGUCCAAGAGGCCUCGAGAAACUAUGAGGAUGUGAGCAAGAGAUCCGAAGACUGUUGCCAGGCGCAGAUUUUAUGCUCCGACUCCACCGUAUCUGAUUACAAAGAUGAUGAUGAACCCAAAGAGAACACUGAUCAAUCCACAGAGGACGAUGAGCUGCCGGAAUUGAAUCAUGUGGAAGCACCGGAGAAAAGGAGAGAGGGAGUCCAGAUAAACGAGGAAGAAUUUGAGGACAUUGAUGCUGAGGAAUGCGACAGCUUAUGUGAAGAGCCGACUGUUGUGGCCGAGCUGUCGUCUUCCUCGUCGAUGCUGGAGCUGUGCGGAGAAGCAGUGAGAGCCCCGCUGGAGGAAGCGGAGGAUGAAGAUGACUCAGAUGACAGCGAGUCGGACGAAGAGUUGAGGACUUACAGCAUCCAGGAGGAGGAAGACAGCGAGGGCAGUGAAGAUGAUUUGAGCACGGUGCCAGUGGUGGUGAGCGACAGCAGCAGGGCAAGACACCUCCGCAGCCUGCUGAAGAUGCCAACGCUCCUCACUCAAUCCUUCUGUGAGGAGUUGGAGAGAAAGAAAAAGGCGGUGUCCUUUUUUGAUGAUGUCACCGUGUUCCUCUUUGACCAAGAAAGCCCAACCGGAGAACUUGUUGACUACAACUUCUCCGCUGAAGGGGAGUCCAUGAGGAAGGAACCACUGGAUGAAAAUACCUCCAAAGUUAAAGCCUGUGCGACGCAGUGUGACUCUGAUGAGAAAGACAACGCAGAGGAAGGUUACAAGUGGGAGGAUGAUGUUGUUGAUGUUGCGUUUGAGCAACCUUCUUCACCUAAUGCCAUGCCCGAGUCCCAACUGAUGCCCACUUCCACCUCAAACAGUCCAGAGGCGGGGAAACCUGCAACAGAGGCAAUGAACCGAUUCAUGGUCUCCAGAUUCUCCAUCACGCAUGUCUCGGACACGGUCACAGCAACGGGGAACAGCGACGAUAGUCCACAAGACUGAGAGACCACAGGAGCCGACUGGAAGAGGAUUGUGUUCAAAUCUGCAUUACUGUCUGUGAUGUUUUCCAGAGGUUUUAUUUUUCAGUCCCAUGACUGGUGGUGGUGACCCUUUAUGAGACAGUGCCUCGUGGUGAUUUGCACAGUUUAUUUUGGUGUUUUUUUUUUAUAAUUUGCUGCUGAUCAAGAAAGGACCCCAGAAUGUCCCCGUAAACAACAACCUUCACAUUGGUCACUCAUUUGUUCAACAUGAAACAAUUAAGACUAUAAAUGAUCAGUGCUUCUUUUAAUUGGCUGCUUAACAUUGUUUUAAAGACUGUUACAAACUCUUAUUUUGGUAGCCAGACAAUUAAGACUUUAUUUUUUAAACAGGUAUGAGGUAAGGGAUGGCGAUAAAGCACUUUUUUGUGUAAAAAAAAAAAAUCACUAUUGUCACUGCAUCUCUUUUAUUUGAAGUGAUGACAUAUCUCGGAAGAACAAAAACGUCUACUUUUACUCGUUUGUGUGCAUUUUGCAUUGCAAGGAGGUAUCAUGCCGUCAUGAAUCUUUUCUAUGUCCGCGUGUUGUCGUUCAUUCUAUUGAAAUCGUGCGGAAAGUCACAUAUUGUAUGUUAAAUAAUGAACAUGUAGCAGGUAGCUUGACUUGAAUUACUACUGCUGUAAGGAUGCAAUUCAAGGUGCAAAUCUCCCUCACAUUUGCCAAAGAGAUGUUAAAAAAAAAGCCGAAUUGGAUGAAGUGGCAAUAAUUAGAAGACGGGUGUUCCUUGUACCAGUGAUAACCAGUAUCUUCGCACCAGCACCAGUAGUAAGCAGUAUCAAUGAUGUCCAUUCUGUCUUCACUCAUGGCUGUUGUACUAUCCUGAAACAAUACACUGAAAUACUUUACUUUC